GUCUGAGGUUGAAGUUUAUAGAUAAAAAUACUCAAGAUUGAAGAUCUUUUAAUACAAACAAAAAAUACUCAAAAAUUUGAGGUUGAAGUUUGAAGACAGAAAUACUCAUGUUUGAGGUUGAAAAUGUCAAAAAUGGUGAAAUUUGAGGUUGAAGUUUGAAGAGAAAAUACUCAAAUUUGAGAGUGAAGAACUUGGAAGACAGAAAUACUCUUAAAAUUGAGGUAAAAGUUCAUAGACAAAAAUAUUCCUAAAUUUGAUGUUGAAGAAAUUUGACGACAAAAAAUACUCAAGUUUGUAUUUGAAGAAGUUCGAAGACAAAAAUACUCAAGUUUGAAUUUGAAGAAGUUCGAAGACAAAAAUACUCAAGUUUGAAUUUGAAGAAGUUCGAAGACAAAAAUACUCAAGUUUGAAUUUGAAGAAGUAUGAAGUCAACAAUACUCUUAAGCUUGUGACUGAAGAAUCCUGAUGACAAAAUACUCAAGUUUGAAGUUGAAGAAGGUUGUAGACAAAAUACUCUUAAGUUGAGGUCGUUGCCAGUCUGUGGGUUUAUGUGCAUGUGACUCAUAAAGAGAGAGUUCAUACUGACUCACGAGAGCUGCUGCACAUUGUGAAUGAGGUCAAAUAUUAAGGAUACCAAGAGAGUAGAACGGAAGGAAAGGCAGUUGAGAGGGGGAAAGAAAGAGAAAGAAAAGUGGGUGAGGUUUUACAGCAGUGUCAUUCUGCAGACGCUCAGCUCGCAUCAGGAGUUCACAGAGAAACCUUCAGAUCAACAUGAAUUUAUUACUAAACCUGCUGUUGCUGCUUUUUGCUCUAUGCUGUGCUGCAGAUCCCAAAGUGCUGAAUAUCAGACAGAAGAGAGGCACGCGCACAUAUAGAGACGCUUGUGUGGACGCUAAUUCAGCCGCAGUCAGAGACAUUGGAGCGACGUGGCUGCGAUGGAAGGCACAGAAAGUUGAAUUCUGCCGUUGCGCCGUUCGAGCAAGAGUGCGCUGUCAUGAGAUACCGGUGACCAAAUGUUUUGUGUCUAAGUGUUAUAAUGGAGGGACGUGUAAAGAAGCUGUUUACUCCAGUGACUUCAUCUGCCAGUGUCCGCCCGGGUUUACAGGCACUCAGUGUGAAAUCAACACAACUGAGCGAUGUUCCAGGGGUCAGGGGUCAGGUUACCGUGGCACCUGGAGCAUGAGUGUGUCAGGACUGGAGUGUAUUAACUGGAAUUCCAGCUCACUCCGAGGGAAGAAGUUCACCGCCAGGAGACCUGAGGCAAACACACUGGGACUGGGAAAUCACAACUACUGCAGGAAUCCAGAUGGAGAUACUAAACCCUGGUGUUACGUUUAUAAAAAGGCUCAGAUCUCAUGGGAGUUCUGCUCUUUACCGACCUGCGUAAUCGACCCCUAUCUAGAGUGCACACGGGGAUCCGGUCAGACCUACAGAGGGACGAAAGCCGUCACACGCAGCGGUUUGAAGUGUCUGUCAUGGGAUUCACCUGCAGUAUCUCGAAAGAUCUACAACGCAUGGAGGACCGACGCCAGAGAGAUCGGCAUCGGCAGCCACAACUUCUGCAGGAACCCAGACGGUGACCUCGGCCCUUGGUGUCACGUCUAUAAAGGGCCUCAGUUGACCUGGGAGCUCUGUGACGUCCCUAAAUGCUCGAGGAAAACUCCGUCAAUCACCACACUCGGACCACGAGCCCCGAUAACCACCAACAACCGAGGUUCCUGCGGUCAGCGGGUUGAAGCUCCUUCAAACUCUCUGCCCAUGUUCAGGAUUCGUGGAGGUCAGGUCAGCGAUAUCAGAGAGCAGCCGUGGCAGGCCGCCAUCACCGUCUAUCUGCCACGCGCCAAAUCAUACAACUUCCUCUGCGGCGGCGUCCUCAUCGACUCCUGCUGGAUCCUCUCCGCCGCUCACUGCUUCCAGGAGAGAUUUGAUGAGAAUCGUCUUCGAGUGGUUCUGGGUCGAACCUUCAGGCUUCAGAACUCCAGCAGCGAGCAGAUCUUUGACGUGGAGAAAUACUGGAUCCACGAGCAGUACGACGACGAGACGUAUGACAAUGAUAUCGCUCUGCUCAAGUUAAAAAGCGAGUUCGGUAUCUGUGCCAUUCACUCUCCGGAAGUUCUGCCUGCAUGUUUACCAGAACCUAACCUGGUUUUACCGGACUGGACGGAGUGUGAGAUCUCUGGUUAUGGGAAAGAGGAAGAGUUUUCUCCGUUUUACUCGGAGCGAAUUAAGCGUGGUAUGGUGCGCUUGUGGCCGCAGGAACAGUGCGUCUCGGAGAAGCUGGCCGGCCGUCUGGUGACCCCAAACAUGCUGUGCGCCGGAGACACGCGCGGCCUGGACGACGCCUGCAAGGGGGAUUCCGGUGGUCCUCUGGUGUGUCCCAAAAACGGCAGGAUGACUCUGAUGGGUUUGAUCAGCUGGGGCGACGGCUGCGGGAAGAAAGACACGCCUGGCGUUUACACACGUGUCACAAACUACACAAACUGGAUCUCCAGCAAGAUGAGAGCCAACUGAGACGCAUACCAACAGCAUUCGCACAAAAUACAGUGACUGUCAGGUACGGAAAAUAAGGUGAUGGGGAAAACGCCUCGCAUUCACCGACCUUCACGCCUACUGGACUCUACAUUUGACCUGCUCUGUGAGUUUGAGUGGCAUUUUAAGAGGAGACGUGGGAAUACGACAGAUGCUGGGAGUCGGUCAUUGUAGAUCAUGUUGCACAUGGGACGAGAAAUCUGACUCCAAAGACUGUUUUUAAUUUACAACACACAACGUGGCCUUCAAUUUGCAAAAGGAUGGGAAAUGCAUGAUAAAGGGUGCUAAAGUGUGAACUCUGAUGCACAAGAUCUAUUAAAAGUACUUUGUUUUAAAAUGAUAAUGUAUUUAGAGGCACUUUUGCUUUGCUUUUAAAUAGCGAAGAUGUGAGUGAGCGACUGAUGGCACUUUUGAAUGUUAUGUGAUGCUUUAUAAUGCUUGUAUUUUUAACACUAAACAUCUGCUGGGUCAGAGAGACGUUCGUUUUGGUGGUCAGUGUUGCUGCAUUGAUCAAAACACAUUCAUUUGACUGUUUUUAAUACGACUUGUUUGACUGCAAAAUGUCUUCAGCAACCCGGGUCUAAUAUUAUUACAGACUUUAGAUGUUGAGAUGCAUAAUAAGUUAAUAUUUAACUAUUUAACAUCUUUUAUACACUUUUAUACACAUGAGCAGCUAGUGCUAAAUUAUUGUUUUUUUUAUACGGUAAAUGCUUGUACGUUAUUUGCGCCUGACUUUUUAUAAAACGUGAAAUGGAAACUGUUCUUUGUCUUCUGUAUGAAAAUAUUUAUUUCAGAUUCAGAAGAUGAUUUUUUUUUUUUCAGCAAGUGUUUUGUGAAUUCACACUGUCUAUUUAGUCAAACUGGAUAAUGGGUAACACAGUUACAAAAUAAAAGUCAUUUCAGAGA